AAGUGAUAAAUUACAAAAAAAAAAUGCGGUGCCAUUGGUAAAAUACCAAAUACUGCAGCCAGUAGAUUUCCCAACCGCUGAACGAAGAAGUUCGAAUACUUUUCGCUGUUCUGCCGCUCUGCGACACUUCUUCUAUGCUUCGGCUAUCGACGGCGACGCCCAUGCCGGUCGCCGAGCGCGCCAACUCUGCGUUCGUCGGAGGAUUGGCUUGGAGUCUCCGGUGUUUCCGUCCCUUGGCAGCUGGCGCUCCGGCGAUUCCCGCAGUGCGCCCAACCUGUUCGACCAAACACCUCACUCACCUCCUCCGUUCCUGCAAAGACUUCCGCUUUCUUCUCCUGAUCCACUCCCGCCUCGUGGUCCUCGGAUCCCUCUCCGACGACUCCAGUCGCUCCCUGCUUCUCAGUUGCUAUUCCUCCUUCGGCCGGUGCGAUGCUGCCCUCGCCCUCUUCAACUCCUCUCCCCUCCCUACCGUGGCCUUGUGGAACUCCAUGAUCCGAUGCUACAACAGGACGGGGGAAUAUAAGAAAGCUGUCCAGUUUUACCACCUCAUGCUCCGACGAGGCCUCGAGCCUGAUAAAUACACCUUCACUUUUGCUUCCAAGGCCUGCGCUGGCGCUCUCGACUCGGAGACAGGUGAUAUGAUAAGGAGGGAGGUUGUGAGAAGAGGGCUCUUAUGUGAUGUCUUCAUUUCCACCGGUCUUGUUGACAUGUACUCAAAAUUGGGUAGGGUCAAUACUGCUCGCGAGCUUUUCGAGUCAAUGGCUGAGCUAGACGCUGUCUCUUGGAAUGCCAUGAUCGCGGGUUUCUCCACUAAUGACCAUCCUCUUGAAGCUCUGGAAGUUUUUGGGAGGAUGCAAAUGGCUGGUGAAGUCCCCAAUUCGGUCACAUUUCUUAACUUGUUUCCGGCUGUGUGUGAUCUCUCUGCUCUUAUUCUGUGCAGGGAAAUUCAUGGUUUCAUCCUUAGGAGGAGCCUUUUGCCUUCGAUUUCUAAUGGGCUGAUUGAUACCUACUGCAAAUGUCGGAGCCCUGGCAUUGCUCGUAAAAUUUUUGACACGAUGUUGAAUGGAAAAGAUGAUGUUACAUGGGGAACUAUGAUAAGUGGCUAUGUGUAUAAUGGCUGUUAUACAGAUGCUUUGUUGCUUUUUGACAAAUUGAAAAGUGAAGGUUUAAAGUUGAAUCAAGUGUCUGUGGUGAGUGCACUUUCAGCUGCAACUGAGACUGGAGAUUUAGACAAGGGAGUGAGUAUUCAUAAGUGUGCGACCGAGAAAGGGGAGGAUUCAGAUAUCUCAAUCAAAACAAUGCUUGUCACUAUGUAUGCUAAGUGUGGAGACUUAGAGAAGGCAAAGUCAGUGUUUGAUGGGAUAAAAGAGAAAGAUGUCAUAGCUUGGUCUGCCAUGAUUUCAUCCUGUGUCCAGACUGGUCAUCCUGAAGAUGCAUUGGUUCUCUACCGAAAAAUGCAAAUGGCAGGUGUGAUGCCUAAUCAAGUUACCUUUGUGAGCUUACUUCCAGCUUGUGCAGAUUUGUUGGAACUGAAGAUGGGAAAGAGCAUUCAUUCUUAUGUAUUGAAGUAUCACAUUCAUCUGAAUGUUUCUGUGGAAACGGCUUUGAUUGCUAUGUAUGCCCAGUGUGGAUCCUUUUCUUCUGCACACAGUUUAUUUAACAAAAUGGAAGUCAAAGAUAUUGUGACCUGGAAUGCAUUGAUAAAUGGUUACACACAAGUAGGUGAUGCUGCUAAAGCUUUGGAGUUGUUUAAUCAGCUGCGAUUGACAGGAAAACACCCAGAUUCUGGCACCAUGGUAGGUGCUCUUCCAGCCUGCGCUAUCUUAAAUGCCAUUGAGCUUGGUGCCUGUCUUCAUGGCUUGGUCAUCAAGAAUGGUUUUAAUUCAGAUCUUUAUGUCAAAAAUGCCACAAUUGAUAUGUAUGCCAAGUGUGGGGAUCUUUCAACUGCUGAAUUUUUGUUCUCAGAGACCAAGUCCUGUAAUGACGUUAUAUCAUGGAAUACCAUGUUUUCAGGAUACAUGCACAAUGGGUGUGCUAAUGAAGCAUUAUCUGCUUUCCGCUUAAUGAGAACUGAGAAUGUGAAGCCUAAUUUAAUAUCUCUUAUCAGCAUAAUACCAGCGGCAUCAUUCCUAGCAGCUAUAAGAGAAGGCUCUGUGCUUCAUUUAUACGUAAUCAAGACUGGCUUUGUUUCUCAAAUGCUUGUUGGAAACUGUCUAAUUGACAUGUACACAAAGUGUGGAAGGCUUGAUUAUGCCAGAGACUUCUUCAACCAAAUGGAUUCCAGAGAUGUAGUAUCAUGGAAUGUAAUGCUUGCAGGAUAUGCCAUACAUGGACAUGGUGAAAGGGCCAUCUCACUUUUUUCACAGAUGAAAGUUAACUGUGUCAAACCAGAUUCUGUAUCUUUUCUCAGUGUGUUGUCCGCUUGCAGACAUGCAGGUUUAGUUGCAGACGGAAAACAUCUUUUUGAAUCUAUAAUGAGUGAAUACCACCUGGAGCCAAACAUUGAACAUUAUGCUUGCAUGGUAGAUUUGCUGGGUCGCUCUGGUCAGCUAGGUCAAGCUUGGUCCUUGAUUCAAAGCAUGCCAAUGACUCCAGAUGCUGGUGUAUGGGGUGCGUUAUUGGGUGCAUCCAGAAUGCACUCUAAUGUAGCAAUGGGGGAAAUUGCACUGGACAAUUUAGUCAAAAUAGAACCUGAAAAUGUUGCUCAUUAUGUUGUUCUCUCAAAUAUAUAUGCCCAGGUUGGAAGAUGGACAGAUGUAAGAAGAAUGAGAGUGGCCAUUAAUAACGUAAGAGUGAACAAAACUCCUGGAUGCAGUUGGGUUUAUAUUAGGAACACUAUUCAUGCAUUUAGUGUUGGUGAUCAAUCUCAUCCACAAUAUGAGGGCAUACGUGAUGUUUGGAACCAUUUGCAUAAAAAGUUGGAGAUGAUGGGUUAUAUUCCUGACACAAGUCACGUUAUGCAUAAUGUUGAAGAAGAAGAGAAAGAAUCCUUCUUAUCUAGUCAUAGCGAGCGAUUAGCUCUAUGCUUUGCUAUAUUAAACACACAAGAUGGUGUGACCAUCCAAAUUGUAAAAAAUCUCCGUGCUUGUGGAGAUUGCCAUACUGUGAUUAAAUUGGCAUCAAAGAUAACUAACCGUACAAUAAUAGUUAGAGAUUCUAGUCGUUUCCAUCAUUUUGACAAUGGUGUAUGCUCAUGCAAAGACUACUGGUGAGGUGGUUCUAUGGAACACAACAAAAUGUAGCUAGGAGUUGUGUACUCGCAUCACAUAUCUUCUGAAGCCACAUGGAUUGGUCCUCAAAAGGGAGGAUUCACAUGGUAACUAACGUUUGCUUGAUAGAAUUUUCACACUUGCUACAACAUACAAAUGGAGCAUCUGAGAUCCAUACAGGGUAUAAUCAGCAUGGCAGUCAAUCACAAGGAGAAUUCCUAGCUAUAGCGUACUCAUUUCUUUAGAAGGCAACAUAGGCAUGAUUGUACAGCAGCUAUGAACCUGCAAGCUUCAGGCAGAAAGCUAAGAACCAGCCACUUAUCUCUGAAAAAGCACAUUUCUCAAGCGUGCAUUUAUAGAGCAAAAGUGCAAAAGCUAUGCUGAAGAGAUGCUACUCUUAAUUGUUAAACAUUAACUUUGCAUCUUUGAAUCAACACAAGGAAUUUGACAGCUUAUUGGUGCUAUAAAUGGAUCUUUUAGUUGUGAGCCAAAUGUGGUGGGACUUCUAAAGUUGUGCUGCGAUGUUACUGGGAAGGUAAGUAGCUUCAACAAUUGUUUGGUGGAUUGCUGCAGGUCGAUAUAAAUCUGGUGGUUAUAUUAGGGUCUCUGGCUAUCUGUUGAUGGAUAAACUAGAAGUACCUUGUAGAAAGGUUCAAAAAGACUGGUAUGUUGGCUUUGGAUCCAGAUCCAGUGGAUCUUGUACAUCCAGAUGCCCAUGAUGAUUUAAUUGUCAAGGAGGCUUUUGCUAAGAAUUCAACAUCUCCUAUGUGAUCUCAACGCUAGUGCAAUCACUUUUGUUUUUAUUUCUAUUUCCUGAGGAUGUUGGCCAAUUAGCCAUAUUAUAAUUGUGCUGAUUGUCGUGAGCUCUUUUGUUGGUAAACUUUUUUGCAUUUUCAUUUUUAUACAUAUGUAAACAUGAAACACUGCAUUAAGUAUGUUAUACAUUGAUAGAGAAAUUAGCAUA